ACUAAGUCUAACUGGCAAGCAUCGUCGGAAAGCUGCCUUUCUCUUCACAAUUUAGCCUGGGAGACGAGCUGCUGUUGGUUUAACCAUUCGUAUUGGUCCCAAGGGAGUGUUGCCAAGAGAUUCAAGUCUCCCUCAAAGAAGACUGUAGAUCAAAAUGGAGAGCAAAACUGAGGUUGAAAUUGAUGACUCUCUUUACAGUCGUCAGCGAUAUAUGCUUGGUGAUGGAGCCAUGAUCAAAAUGGCCCAAUCAAAAGUGCUUCUUAGUGGUCUUGGGGGAUUAGGGAUUGAAAUAGCUAAAAAUGUUGUCCUUGCUGGAAUUAAGUCAAUCACAUUACAUGACACCAAGAUUGCCUCUUAUCAUGAUCUGGGAAACCAAUUUUUCUUGAGAAAGGAGGAUAUUAAGGAGAAGAGAAACAGAGCAGAGGCCAGUGCCCCGAGGCUAGCUGAGCUGAAUCCUUAUGUGAAUAUUCAAACAUCUACUUCAGCAAUUAGUGAGGGUGACUUUGCAUUCUUAUCACACUUUCAGUGUGUAAUUCUCACAGAGGCUCCACUUAGUCUUCAACUUGGAAUAGACAAAUUCUGCAGGUCACAGAAGCCACCCAUUAAGUUUAUUAGUGCUGGUGUACAGGGGGUGUUUAGCUGGGCAUUCUGUGACUUUGGACCUGAAUUUGAGGUGGUGGAUUCCACAGGAGAAGAACCAAAAGAAUUUUUCAUUUGGAAUAUUUCUAAGGCAAAUCCUGGUGUGGUGACAACAUUAGAUAAUCGUAUGCAUGGAUUACAAACUGGUGAUAAGGUCUCAUUCAAGGAGAUAGUUGGAAUGACAGUUCUCAAUGGCUCAGAACAUACAGUCAAAGUACUGUCUCCAUAUGCAUUCAGCAUCUGUGACACCACUGGACCUGAUUAUGAAGAUUAUCAAUAUGGUGGAAUUGCAAGACAAGUCAAAACUUCCUCGACUUUAAUAGAAUUUGAGUCCCUCGAAACACAGCUUAGUAAGCCAGAUAUUCUUACUGCAGAUCUCAGCAAGAUGGAGGUUCCGUUACAUCUACAUCAUGGGGUACAUGCCUUACAUUUGUUUCAAGAACAACAAAGAAGAUUGCCCGAAGUUAGGAAUAGUGCGGAUGCAAAGAAAUUAUAUGAAAUGGCAAAAUUACUGAACCAGAAAGCAGAUACCAAGGUGGACAUUCUUGAUGAAAAGCUACUCAAACAGUUAGCUUUCACAUGUCGAGGCUGUUUUUCCCCUUUGACAGCUUCUCUGGGUGGAAUUGUAGGUCAGGAAGUGUUGAAAGCUUUAACUGGAAAGUACACUCCUUUAAAGCAGUGGCUUUAUAUCGAUGCCACUGAAAUGUUAAAGGGACAGGAGACAUUAGACAAAACUUCGUUCCUCCCAAGGCUUGAUCGUUAUGAUUCUCUUCGAAUUUGUAUUGGAGAGGAACUGCUGAGUAAACUGUCUAAUCUGAGACUCUUUAUGGUUGGAUGUGGUGCUAUAGGGUGUGAACUGUUAAAGAACUUUGCCCUUUUAGGUAUUGGCGGUGGCCGCAAUGGACUGAUGACCAUCACGGACAACGACCUCAUUGAAAAGUCCAAUUUAAAUCGUCAAUUUUUAUUCCGACCUCAUCACAUACAGAAACCAAAAUCAGUUACAGCUGCUUCAUCAGUUACUUUAAUAAACCCAGAUAUUGAUGUCGAUCCUCAACAACACAAAGUUUGUCCAGAAACGGAAGAAACGCUGUACACUGAUCAGUUCUUUGAGUCUCAGGACCUUGUUGUUAAUGCUUUGGACAAUGUGGAGGCCAGGCGGUACAUGGAUAGUCGAUGUGUCAGUACCCAAAGAGCCCUUCUGGAGUCAGGAACAAUGGGACCCAAAGGACAUGUACAGGUCAUAGUUCCUCAUCUUACAGAGUCAUAUGCCAGUCAGCGUGACCCUCCAGAGGAGGAAGUACCGCACUGUACACUCAAGUCAUUCCCGGCGGUCAUAGAACACACCAUACAGUGGGCCAGAGAUAAGUUCGAAAACUGUUUUUCUCAAAAGCCUGGGAUGUACAUGACAUUUUGGUCCGCGAAUGAAUCUCCAGAAAAACUAUUGGAAAUUCUUCAAUCUGGAGACGAACCUGAAAGUGUUUACCGAGUUAUAAAAAUGUUAAAACAACGACCUGCCAAUUGGGCGGAAUGUGUUGCCCGUAGUAGAAUAGAAUUUGAGAAAUACUACAAUCACAAGGCCAAACAAUUACUCCAUGCAUUUCCACUAGACACGAGAGUCAAAGAUGGUUCGCUUUUCUGGCAGAGCCCAAAGAGACCGCCAAUCCCGCAACAGUUCGACACCACGAAUGAAUUACACAUGCUUUUUGUACGAAGUAGCAGUAAACUACAUGCAGACACCUGCGGUAUCAAGUACACCACUGAGGAUUUAAGUGACACACGUAUUACUGACGUACUCCGCGAUGUCAAAGUUCCAGAGUUUAGGCCAAGUUCAAAGGAAAUUGAAACAGACGAAACGGCAUCGAAGUCAGCCGAGUCUUCUAAUGUGUCCUCUAGUGACUUGAAUGAAUUAAUAUCACAUAUCAGAGAGAUAAUGGCAAAGGGAAUUAAGUCAAGCAAAGAUGUGCCGGCAAUGUUUCCCCAAGAAUUUGAAAAAGACGAUGAUUCGAACGGUCACAUCGACUUCAUCACCUCAGCUUCGAACCUUCGCGCUACCAUGUAUAGUAUAGAAACUGCUGACAGGUUGAAAACCAAGAAAAUUGCUGGUAAAAUAGUACCUGCCAUUGCUACCACUACUGCUGCUGUAGCUGGCUUGGUCACUAUCGAGCUUGUUAAGGUUGUUAUGAAGAGUCCCGCUGAAGACUUCAAAAACUGCUUCAUGAACCUUGCACUUCCUUAUGUCAUUUUCUCGCAACCAGGCCCCCCAGAGGUCACGGUCAUCAGGGAAGGCCUGUCAUUUUCAAACUGGGACAAAUGGGUGGUCCAAGGAACACAAGAAUUUAAACUAAAAGACUUUGUGACAUAUUUCAAGGAUAAAUAUGGAUUUGUUGUAUCCAUUGUUGUACACGGCGUUAAGAUUGUAUACGUCCCAAUGUUACCUGGACACUCUAAACGAUUAGAACAGAAAAUGACCAAAUUGAUUAAGGCACCUAACAAAGCCUACGUGGACCUCACCGUGUCGUUUGAGGGUGACGGCGAUGAUGAUCUACCCGGGCCCCCUGUGAGGUACUAUUUUGGUUCCUAAAAGAGGGGCCUUAAAAUUACAACAUUGGAAACUUGAUACAAUAAUCCUGGAGCGGCUUCAAUGUAAAGUCCACUACUCAAUUCGUCACAAUAUAUUCCAAAUGAUAUCACCAAUUUUAAAUGUUUAAUAGUAGGAAAGGAAACACUCACGUCAGGAUUUGAAUUUGUACCUCAUUCGGUUGAUAUUCAAAUUUGUGGACUGGUCUAGUAGCAUUAUAUUUUAUUAAAAGUUGUAAGGAUAAUUAGAAUUUGAAGAAUUUAGGUUUUAUUUAACUCCAUGUUACUGACAGGUAGAUGAGAGAUUUGUACUUAUAAAUUCAAAACAUUUUGCCCAUUUCA